AUGCACGACCCCGUCGCCUCAGCAAGAGCCCAAGAAGCAACCCACCAAUACACCUUCCGCCCCGCAACCCCCGCCGACAUACCCUCCCUGCAAUCCAUGAUCGCAUCCUCACUCCGCAGCUUGGGAAAAGGAUACUACACAGACGCCGAACUGGACGGCUCAAUAGGCUACCUCUUCGGUCCAGAUUCCGUUCUCAUCAAAGACCAAACAUACUACAUCCUCCACCCCCUCAACGCACCCCUCACAAUCUGCGCCUGCGGCGGCUGGUCCUUCCGCAAAACACUGUACGGCGGAGACUCCGCGCCCUCUCCGCUGCGCAUGCCAGAAAAACGCGAUCCAGCUGUUGACCGCGCGAGCAUACGAGCAAUCUUCACGAGUCCGCAGUAUGCGCGGAAGGGCCUGGGCACGAUGAUGAUGCGGUAUUGUGAGGCGAGGGCACGGGAAGGCAAGCCGGAUGAGACGGACGGGUUCAAGAGGCUGGAAAUGGGGGCGACGCUUAGUGGAGUGCAGUUGUAUGAGAGGUGUGGGUAUGUGAGGAGUGGGAGGGUGGAUGUGGUAACGUGUCCGAAUGGGGAGGGGAUAAGGAUUUUGCAUAUGACUAAGGAUUUGGAUGAGUAG